AUGAUGUGGACCUUUCUGGGUAUCGCCUCCUUCAUUUACGUGUAUAAAAAGUGUGGAGACCUCAUGACUUACGCUAAUAAGGAGGUGCUGCUCUCCGUGCUGGUAUUUUUCUCGCUCGGCUUGGUGCUGUCGUACAGGUACCACUUCAGGGGGCCCAGGCAGCGGCAGAAGCAGAAGUCACACCUGGGGAUGCUCUCUGAUGUGCUCUCAGCUUUGCCCCUGGUUGGCUUCUUCUGGGCCAAACCCACCCCGGGAUCUCAACAAGUUGAACAGCCCAAAUCCAGAAAGGGUAAAAGAGAAGUGAACUUCUCAGAUGUGUACCUGACAGAGACUACUCCAAAUUCUACAUUGUCACCCCAAUAUGAUCCAGAAAUUAUCAUUGUGGGAUCAGGUGUCCUUGGUUCUUCCUUGGCCACGGUGCUUUCAAGAGAUGGAAGGAAGGUGACUGUGAUAGAGAGGGAUCUGAAAGAACCUGACAGGAUAGUUGGAGAACUGCUGCAACCUGGAGGAUUUAAUGCUCUUCGAGACUUGGGUCUUGAAGAUUCGGUAGAAGGUAUUGAUUCACAAAUAGUAAAUGGUUACAUAAUUCAUGACCUAGAGACCAAGUUGGAGGUUGAGAUUCCUUAUCCGACAUCUGAAGACGGACGUGUGGCCAGUGGAAGGUCUUUUCAUCAUGGCCAGUUUAUUAUGGGUCUCCGAAGGGCAGCUAUGGCAGAGCCCAAUGCAAAAUUCAUUGAAGGGACUGUGUUACAGUUACUUGAGGAAGAUGACUGUGUUGUGGGUGUUCAGUACAAGGACAAAGAAACUGGAGACACUAAGGAACUUCAUGCUCCACUUACAGUUGUAGCUGAUGGACUUUUCUCCAAAUUCAGGAAAAACUUGGUAUCCAACAAAGUUACUGUUUCAUCCCAUUUUGUUGGUUGCAUUUUGAAGGAUGCAUCACAGUUUAAACCUAAUUAUGCCGAACUUGUUUUAGCUAAAACAAGUCCAGUGCUAAUCUAUAAGAUUUCUUCAACUGAAACACGGGUCCUUGUUGAUAUUCGAGGGGAAAUGCCAAAAAAUUUAAAAGAGUACAUGAUUGAGACCAUUCAUCCACAACUACCUGAUCACUUAAAGGAACCAUUCUUAAUAGCAGUUCAGAAUGAUCGUUUAAGGACUAUGCCAGCCAGCUUCUUGCCUCCUUCAGCUGUAAACAAGAAAGGUGUUCUUCUUUUAGGAGAUGCAUAUAAUAUAAGACACCCUCUUACUGGUGGAGGAAUGAGUGUUAUUUUAAAUGAUGUUAAAAUAUGGAGAAGUUUGCUCCAGGAUAUCCCAGACCUUUAUGAAGAUUCUGAUGUUCUUAAGGCAAAAAGAACAUUUUAUUGGUCAAGAAAAAAAUCUCAUUCUUUUGUAGUGAAUGUUCUUGCCCAGGCACUUUAUGAACUCUUUGCUGCCACAGAUGAUUCCUUGCAUCAGCUAAAGAAAGCCUGUUUCCAUUACUUCAGACUUGGAGGAGAAUGUGUCUCAGGUCCUGUUGGAUUGCUCUCAGUGUUAUCUCCUAAACCAAUGGUACUGAUUGGCCACUUCUUUGCUGUGGCCUUGUAUGCUGUUUAUUUUUGCUUUAAAUCAGAGUCCUGGAUUACCACGCCUCGAGCAGUUUUCAGUAGUGGAGCUAUUCUUUACCGGAGCUGCUCUAUAAUAUUUCCACUUAUUUACUCUGAAAUGAAGUAUUUAGUCUACUAAAAUCCAGGGGAAAAUGACUGGAGGAAGAAAGCAUGAAAAUCACAAUGCCUUCAAAAUCUUUGGACGUGUACUAUUUAAUAUUGUAUUAUGUUCUUCUCAAAAUGCAAUUUCCUUGAUAAGGUUUUAACUUAAUUUUGGUUUUGUGGUUAUAUACAUAUAUAUUAUAUGUAAAUAUUCUUUUCUUUGCAAUUUAAGUUCAAAAAGGAGUUAGCUGUUUACAAGGACCAUAAUUAAGUGUUGAUGUGGUAGAUAAUUGCCAGUUUUGACAGAAUUUCUUUCCUUGCUUUAUGCAUUGCUGAGUUCACCACUAAUAUUAAUAAACUGAGAAGUGAAAACUGUAAACCA